AUGCACACUUGUGGACGCGCCCCACCACUGCGAUAUAAAGGAUGGCACAGCAGUCGGGUGCACAUUGAUUCCACCCACCACGCCACCAGCACACUUGCUAAUCCAGAAUGGAGAUUGGCUAGUCCAGCCUCUAUAUCAGAACCGUUCCGAUUGCCCAUCUUCCAUCAGCACUGCAACUGUAUGGAGGUGGCAAAACGCAGCAACAAGAACAAUAAGGUCAAAGCAGGAAGAGUCAGGCGUCAGUACGAGCAGCUUAACCUGGAAGAACGGGUUGAGAAGUGGCUCAAAUGCCUCAUUGACUUCUGCAACUCACAGUUGCCCACAUACUUGGAUCUCCGCUCUGGUCUCCUGACCAUGAUUAAAAUGCCUCCCUAUGUGACGACGCAUGAAGAAGGAGACAGUAAUCAGGUCUACUCCGUUUGUCAACUCGACGAUGGAAACAAAGGUGAGGCUAGGAAUCUUGAUUGGAUGUUCGGUGGGGAGGUUUGUGCAAACGUGGCAAAGCCGUUUGUCAUCAAGAUGGGUUUGGACAGGUGGUGGAGGCACCACAACCAAUUACGUCUGCCGUGCACCUCGGAAUCAGCAGUCUCGGGUGUUACCUGA